AUAGAUUGAAAUCAAUAUUUUUGAGUAUUUCAGGAUUUUGGAUCUGUCCCCCACUCUUCAGUGCUCCCUGGGGGCUGGAACUCUGUAGACAAACAUUAACUUUGGGGUAGACACUCUAUAUUUAUCUUCUACUCCUUCCAUUUUUACUGCAUCUACCAUUUGAUCAACAUGAAAUCAUCUCUGACUCUGCUGUGUCUGGUGGUAUGGGUGAAUGUGGAUGCUUCAUCAGCUCAGACUGAAGUGAAAUGUAAUUUAUCAUUGCCACCAACAAGAGGAACCAGUUACACACCUGCUGACAGAAAUCUGUUCUUUCCUGAUGAAAGUCUAACGGUGACCUGUGACUCAGGAUUCUGGAACUCUUUCUCACGUCAGACUUAAGAUACAAUAACCUGCAAAGAGGACGGAAAGUGGUCAUCUUCUACAGAUUGUGAACGGAUAACAUGUGGUGACCCACGUGACCCUCUUGUGAGUUCUCCCUACUACUGGCAGCGGGGUCAAUUCAGAGGAACUCAGCGUUACAACUGUAGAACCGGAUAUAAAACCACAAAUGCCCGGGGUGUUGCCACAUGCACAAGUGAUGGCUCCUGAACUCCAGAACCACUCUGUGAAGAGAUUACAUGUGACAAGCCAGAUAUCCUUAAUGCUGUGAUUAAAGACCCGACAACAAGAUACAAAAUCAAUGAUCUGCUCACUUAUGAGUGUAAGAUGAAUUAUGAACUAUUAGACAGUACUACCAGACCUACUGCUACCUGUACUACAAAUGGCUGGACCAAGACACUUGGCUGUAAAGGGAUAACAUGUGGUGAUCCACGUGACCCUCUUGUGAGUUCUCCCUACCGCUGGCAGCGGGGUCAAUUGGGAGGAACUCAGCGUUACAACUGUAGAACCGGAUUUAAAAACAUUGAUGUGUCACAUUGUGUUCUAUAAUGUUUCAUGUCAAUGUUUCCCCCAGAAAUAGAGGGAGCAUGUAUCAACCCAACUGCUGUGAUGAAUGGAUUCAUAGUUCAGUCAAAUGAGAGGAAUGUUGAUCCCAGGAAUAGCAAGAUAUACUAUUCCUGCAAUGAAGGGUUCAAACCCUCUACCGGGGGCUGGUGGGGUGAAGCCACAUGUACUGAGGGAACAUGGUCUGGAAUAUUAGAGUGUAUUGGUAAGAAAACAGAUCCUCUAGAAAUGACCUCUUUACAAGGUAGAUCAAGAACAGUAGAAUGCAUUUCCCUCUGACUUGGCUAUAUUGGUCUGAAACUCAUUCUCAAUGCUCUUUCUGUCUGGAUCAAUCACAAUGUGUCAGAAUCCCUGUCAUUCCCAACACAAGAAAGGUACCUCACAGUGAAGUCUAUAACAAUGAACAAACUGUUACAAUUGAUUGCAAAGUUGGAUACACAUCUGAAACUAAGACUAUAAAAUGUAAGGAUGGAGAAUGGCAAACACCGUUACCAGCUUGUAGACUGCAAGGCGUUCCAUGUGAUCCUCCACCUAAAGUUGAAAAUUCAAUUGUUAAAAUCCUGUAUCAAAAUAAAUAUAUAGAGGGAUUUGAAGUGAAUUAUGAAUGUCGCAAGUCCUUUGAAAUAGAGGGACAUAAAAAACUUACUUGUGAAAAUGGGAGUUGGACAAUUCCACCACCAACAUGCAAACAGUACUGUGGUAAGCCUGAGGGCGCAGGGAGGAGAAUGGAGAUUCCUGACCAAGUGCUGGAGAGAUACGAAAAUGGGAACCAAAUAGACUAUACAUGCAUUAGCCCAUACAAAGGCCCCGGAGGAAAAGCAACUUGCAAGAAUGGAGAAUGGCACAUGCCAGUUGAGUGUAACGCAAGCUGUCCUGAUCCUCCUCCCAUUACUAAUGGAGAUUUCACCAAGGAAAAGAGAGAUGUUGAAGGUGUAAUUACAGAGGUGUCCUACCAAUGCAGCAGACAGUAUACACUGAGUCUCACAGGCAGCAUUAGAUGUCUGAAUGGAAAAUGGCCGAGUCCUCCAAAGUGUUUACGGCCUUGUGAGAUUUCCACUUUUGAUGCAGAGUACAAUCUACAGAAUUUACCCAAGAAAGAUUAUACUGCGAACGGUGAAAAAAAGACUCUUCAUUGUGAAGAGGGAUAUUACCAUAAAUUGAAACGUUAUUCACCAUGGAAUAUAGAAGAAAUUGAGGUGAAGUGUUAUGAUGGAGAGUUACAGUAUGGAGAACACAAACCUAUAUGUAGCCAUCGUUAUUCAUAGGUAGAUGAUGAACAUAAGGGAGUCAUGAUGUUCUCUCCAUCAAUUUCAAGAAUCCGUACAAAGCCGCCUUUUUAUGCAAGGAGAAGAACCAUUUGCUUUUGUGGUGUCUGUCGCUUGUUUAAUUUAGAUUUAGAAGAAAUGUGAGCCAUCCAGUAAUGGAAUACAUGUGUCUUUUCAACGUUUUACAUUGUAUCAUCAUUGAAACAAAAUAACAGUAUCUUUCUCAGCUUCACUAUAAUAACAGUACAGCUAUCUAAAGCUAGACUAAAAUGGUACAUUUGUUAUAUUAGUACAAAGUGAUGUGAUUGUGUGAAUAUCCUUCUAUCAAGUUUAUAAAUUGCCUGGCUGGGCUGAUGAGACAGUGGAUUGCGCAGUCAGUUGAAACAGAGUAAAUAGGCAUUUUAACAUCAUAGAUUCAGCCAGUGGUAGCUUGUGGAAUAGGCACCGGCUGGAAUGCGGUCUUAACCAAUCAGCAUUCAGGAUUAGACCGACACGCUCUAUAAUGUGUGAAUAUUCUCCUGUAUCUCCCAGCUGUGUGAUUCAUUACCUGAAGGUGUAAUAUAAGUGAACAACUGUUAUGAUUGUGAUUGACCUUAUCAAGACAAUAAAGUUGUGGAAAAGAGAUGACA